GCCCGGCCUGGCCCCUCGCCCUGCCCGGACGGCCGUCCGGCUCCGACCCGUGGGAGGGGGCGGAGAGAGCACCCCAGUCCCCCCCGUCCGCGCCCCCAAAGCGCGUGACCCCGUCUCCUCUGGCCCAGACCCCCCCUCCUUCCCCUUGACGCCACCACCACGUGCGAAGCCUGAGCCUGGGCAGGGGAGGGGGGAGCUGGUGGGAUCCGGCCCCCUCCCUCCCGCUCCCUACCUCCCGGGCGGGAGACCCAGUCCCCCCGGGCCUGGGAGCCUGGCCGGGGGCUGCGCCGAGCGCAGGAGCGGGUGCCCCCCCAGGGCCCGGGCCUCUGCGGGUUCUGGGAGGCGCUGCCCGGGCUGGCUGGCGGGGGCGCACGGUGGGCCGCGGCGGGAGGGUGCUGUCCACCGGGGCCCGGGCACCCAGUCGGCGCCCACUAAAUAUUGGCGGAAUGCAGCCAGGAGUUGGCGGCGAGGCGGGGGGAGGCAGCAACUCCUCUCCCCCCUAGCCAGGCGGCGGAAGUCACAGAGGUGCUGGUGCCCCUGCCACCCGCGGUACCCACCUGGCUCACCCAUGGGUGGCGAGCUCGUUGGGCCCCCCCACCUCCCUGCCAGCUGCCUCCGGAGAGGGCGUCGGGAUUCCGUGUCAGCCCCCCCACCCCAACCCCAGAACUGGACCAGGGCGUAACCCUGAGCGUGCCGCUCCCACACUGUGGGUGCCUCCCCACCACCGGCCGAUCACUUCCUAUUGGCAAGCUGGUCUGGGAGAGGUCCCGGGGAGGCCAGGCUGGGGCAGGGGCCCAGGCCAGGCCAGGCCUAGGCCCAGCCCUGCUGCUGCGGGAGCCUGAGGGCUUCAGGCCGGGGGCGUUUGUCCCCGAGGGCCACCCCCCACGGGGCCCCGAGAGCACCUAUCGGCGAGGCCGGGGCCUCUGUUUACCACCAGCCAUCGCUGUGGAGACAGAGCCUGGGGGAGAAGGGGGGGCAGGAGCCGGCCGCUGUAAAAGCGAAGUCUAAGGAAGGAAAGAAGAGCCAACCGGGACAGUGACAUUUUAAUCCGUGGGUCGGUCCGGGGGGUAUUUAUUAUUCAGUUCCGAUUGGCUGCGUGACGGCCAGUCAGCACCCGGGCCCGGGCGGGCAGCCACGCAUCGGCAGAGGCCCGCGGGCGGCCGCAGGCGGUGGAUGGGUCCUUUGCUCUGUGCGGGAGACUGAGGCCUGGCCGAGGCAGAGCACAGUCUGGGGCCUGGUGGGGAAGGUUCCUGGGGUGAUCACAGUCCCUGCUGGGUUUGUUUGUUUGUUUUCUUCCCUUGAGUCCCUCUGACCUAUAGCUGGGUCCACCUGGUGGCAGAUCCCCAUUGCCAUAGGAGGAGGAAACUGAGGCCAGGAGGGGAGGUCGCAUGUGAGCUUGGAAACUCCGGAGGUUAGAGCAAGCCUCGGAGCAGGUGCUGGUGCUGGGCAGGGGAGACUGAGGUGUAAGGGGAAGCAGAGAGCGGCCCAAGGUCACCCAGGUGGAGUCAGAGCUGCCCCCUGUGCACCAUCCUUCCAGCUCGGGGCCUGUCCAAAGUCUCCUCCCUCCGUGUGGUGGCGGAGGGGCGCCUGCCCACCUGUCUUUGAGCAGGGCCAGAGGUUGGCAGUAGAGGCUCAACUGCAGGCACCUGCCUGCAAAUGGAGCGUCACCGACACAGGCUUAUUAAACCCUGUGUCCGAAGAUGACAUUGAGGCUCAGAGAGGGCCAGCAUGGCUCCCAAGGUCACACAGCACGAGCCACAGCCCUCUCGCCUCCCUGCAUCACCAGGCAGGCCCUUGCUGGCACACGUGCGUACGAGGCCCCUCUCCAAUCCUGCCGAGCAGGGCUCUGGGUUUUACGACCAGAGGAGACCGAGGUCACCUCACCAGAGCCGGCCCUCCGCAGCCCAGAUGCUCCAAGGAGGGCUCCUGGGGUUGGAAUGCCGGCACACUUGCUCUGCGACAUUGGACGAGCCCCGUGACCCCUGCAGCCUGGGUGCACUGUGUGCAUGGGACUGAGGAGGGUCCCCCAGCUGGUGCCUGCAAAGUCACCCGUGUUGUCUUUUCUCCUCUGUGGCGGAAACUCCCAGGUCAGCUCAGGGCAUGGCGGAGACCUGAGUGUGGGGUGUGGGUCAGAGCUGCGUGAGACACCUGCCCCCUUACCUGUCACCUGCCAGACCAUAAACCGCCCUGCAGUAGCCCUGGGCAGCAAGGACCAGAGGAACGAGCUUGGGUGGGGGUGAGCAUGGUCCAAUCCCAGCCCAGCCCUUGGGCCUACCCCGGGCAGUCACCCCCUCUCUGCCAGCCUCAGUCUUCCCAUUGGUACAGUGGGGAGAUGGUCGUCAGCCCUAGAGGGUUCGCUUACUGGGUCCUUGGGAAUGUUUGUUGAGCGACUGCUAUAAACUAUGUCAGGCCCAUGGGGAGCUGUCGUGAGAGCUGCAGGGGCAGAGGCCCCUCCCUGUGCGGCCCAUGUCAGCUGGACUCCAGCCCUGCCCCGGGCUCCCUUGCAAGGCGACUCUGAGGGUAUGAGAAUAAGCCGUCCUUCCUCUCAGCCCCCAGGGUAGGGGGAUUUCAUCUCCUGCUGGUAUCCGGGGGCCAGGAAAGGGGAUGAAAGGAGCUGUGGGAGGACUAGUCAGGCAGGCCGGAGCCAGACGGACGGCCUCAAAUUCCAGUUCUGCUGUGUGACCCUGGCCAAGCUGCUCCCCCUCUCUGAUCCCAUUCCCCAUCUGCAAAAUGGGGCACGGACACAGAUCCUGCCUUCCAGCGCUGUGGGUGCCGGCGCAUACCGUGGGUCUCUGGGGAGAUUAUCGAGGCCCAGCCUCCCCCAGGUACUCGGAGGCGCGGCUCUGGCCCUUGGGCCCCCAGCACCGAAUCCAGAGCCCCAAAGCGCAGAAGGCGCCCCUCAGAGAAUCCGGCGCUCGGGAGGAGCGUGGCCAAAGGACCGGCCCCUCCAUCUGUCCCCCCAGCAGGCUGUGGACGGCCACUCAGUGGAAGUGUCGCCACCCACGCCUUUCUGGUUUGACUGGAAAACAAGGCCCAUCCCACCUAUCAGGAUGCCUGAGAGAAGGAUCCGGCCGGAUUCUGCAGGCCGCCGGCCUCCCAGGCUGAGCCUUCCACCUGCUCAGGAGAGGGUGGGGGUGGGGCAGGUAUCUCCAGGUGACAAGCAGGCCUCCCUCAGGGGAGGGAGAGAGAGGUCACCCCGGCCUCUCACAGGCAUCUCGGCUAAGCAGGUGCAGCCUGGGCUGAUGGCAGGGUGGACAAGGAUGGGCUUCUGAAAGUCUGGCCUUGCUUGCCCCCAGUGACGGGAAGCUCAGCCCCUCCACUGUCAAGUUGUGAAGCUUUCUCUUGGAACCUGGGCUCGGGCUGCAGUCUGGGCUUCCUGGCCCAUGACACCUCAGAGUGUGGGAACAGGGUGGGCCUCAGUCCCACCCAUGAGUUGGGCGUCAGAUAGGAUCCCUCUGGCCUCCUCAUCGCUGCCCCCAUCCCCGCCGUCACACUUCCCACUGGGCCCCCGCCGCCUUCCUGCCUCUGGCCCUUUAAGUCCCGGGCAGGAAGCCCCUCCCCAUUUAGGGCAAUAAAUGGAUACGUAAAAUGGCCGAGGGCCUGUUUGCUCCAUGUCUGGCCCAGAGGGAGGCUUGCGGGCGAGGGCAGGCGGGCAGGGGGCGGGCUGGCAGCUGGCAGCCACCCCAGGCCGUUGGUGCCCCCCGAUCGGGACACUGCAUUCCUGUCCCAUUAAACCCAGGCCGAGGACUGGGCCAGGCGGGGCUUGGCACCAGGUCAGGGCGGGGUUACCCGUCGGGACUAACCUUGCAACACAGGCUUCUGGGCGGGGAGGGGGCGGGGGCUGCCGGGUGCGGGCCUGGCAGCCGCACCUGCACACCAGGCCUGCAAUGUGACCUUGGGCUGGCCGCCCACCCUCUCUGAGCCUGGUUUCCCCUUCCAGCUUCCUCCUCAGACCCCACCACUCACUCCCUUGGUAGGUGAGGAGGGGACUGAAUUCCCGGAAUAGCAUUCAGGAGCAAAGUUCCCAUCCGUGAGGGGCAGUGAACAGCCUGGCGAUGUGUUUUGGGGACUGGCUCUGGCGCGCAGUAGGUCCCUGGGCUAAGUUUGCUGAAUGGAUGUGAGCGGGGACCCUGACCACAGUGGGGGGCCCCUUUCCACUGUCACGACCCCCAUCCCCCAGGAGAGAGGCUCAGAGAGGUCUCGCAUCUUGCCCAAGGUCACACAGCGUGGAGGUGGGGGAGCCGAGGCUUGAACCCGAGCUGUUCUGUGCAGCACGUAGGAGGGGUGAGAGGUCCCUUUGGCCUCGUUCUCUGCUCUCCCUGGGCAGAGGGUUGGGUGGGGGCCCUGGGCCCCUCAUUAGACAGCCCCCUGCUCCAGGAAGUGGCCUUGGGGAAGGUGGCGGGUGGCAGUUACCUGCCUAGCCCUCACCUUGUCAUGUGACCUUGGGGAGGCCCCUGGCUCCCACACCCUGCACUAGCGAUGCAGCCUCCUCUCAGCCGGUCCCCCUUCCCCUGUCGCCCACCUCCAGGCCUCAGUUCCUGAUGCUCCCUGUGCUGGGAUGCCCGUCUCGGGAUGCCGGGGUCCUUCCUGGGCGACACCUGCUACUCCCUGAGCCAUGUCAGGGAGCUUCCGCGCUCACGGCACAUCCCCAGCAGAGCUGGGAGUGGCAGCCGCCCAGGUCAGAGGGCUGCUGUGUGACCUCGACUGGACCACCUCACCUCUCUGAGCCUCUCAGGGACCUGGGAAGACGAAGUGAAGGUCUCGGCGCGGAAGAUGGCCGGCGGCGUGGACGGCCCCAUCGGGAUCCCGUUCCCCGACCACAGCAGCGACAUCCUGAGUGGGCUGAACGAGCAGCGGACGCAGGGCCUGCUGUGCGACGUGGUGAUCCUGGUGGAGGGCCGCGAGUUCCCCACGCACCGCUCGGUGCUGGCCGCCUGCAGCCAGUACUUCAAGAAGCUGUUCACGUCGGGCGCGGUGGUGGACCAGCAGAACGUGUACGAGAUCGACUUCGUCAGCGCCGAGGCGCUCACCGCGCUCAUGGACUUCGCCUACACGGCCACGCUCACCGUCAGCACGGCCAACGUGGGUGACAUCCUCAGCGCCGCCCGCCUGCUGGAGAUCCCCGCCGUGAGCCACGUGUGCGCCGACCUCCUGGACCGGCAGAUCCUGGCGGCCGACGCGGGCGCCGACGCCGGGCAGCUGGACCUUGUAGAUCAAAUUGAUCAGCGCAACCUCCUCCGCGCCAAGGAGUACCUCGAGUUCUUCCAGAGCAACCCCAUGAACAGCCUGCCCCCCGCAGCCGCCGCCGCCGCCGCCAGCUUCCCGUGGUCUGCCUUCGGGGCGUCCGAUGAUGACCUGGAUGCCACCAAGGAGGCCGUGGCCGCCGCUGUGGCCGCCGUGGCCGCGGGCGAUUGCAACGGCUUAGACUUCUAUGGGCCGGGCCCCCCGGCCGAGCGACCCCCGACGGGGGACGGGGACGAGGGCGACAGCAACCCGGGUCUGUGGCCGGAGCGGGAUGAGGACGCCCCCGCCGGGGGUCUCUUUCCGCCGCCGGUGGCCCCGCCGGCCGCCACGCAGAACGGCCACUACGGCCGCGGCGGAGAGGAGGAGGCUGCCUCGCUGUCGGAGGCGGCCCCCGAGCCGGGCGACUCUCCGGGCUUCCUGUCGGGAGCAGCCGAGGGCGAGGACGGGGACGGGCCCGAUGUGGACGGGCUGGCGGCCAGCACGCUGCUGCAGCAGAUGAUGUCCUCGGUGGGCCGGGCGGGGGCCGCGGCGGGGGACAGCGACGACGAGUCGCGGGCUGACGACAAGGGCGUCAUGGACUACUACCUGAAGUACUUCAGCGGCGCCCACGACGGCGACGUCUACCCGGCCUGGUCGCAGAAGGUGGAGAAGAAGAUUCGAGCCAAGGCCUUCCAGAAGUGCCCCAUCUGCGAGAAGGUCAUCCAGGGCGCCGGCAAGCUGCCGCGGCACAUCCGCACCCACACGGGCGAGAAGCCCUACGAGUGCAACAUCUGCAAGGUCCGCUUCACCAGGCAGGACAAGCUGAAGGUGCACAUGCGGAAGCACACGGGCGAGAAGCCCUACCUGUGCCAGCAGUGCGGCGCCGCCUUUGCCCACAACUACGACCUGAAGAACCACAUGCGCGUGCACACCGGCCUGCGCCCCUACCAGUGCGACAGCUGCUGCAAGACCUUCGUCCGCUCCGACCACCUGCACAGACACCUCAAGAAAGACGGCUGCAACGGCGUCCCCUCGCGCCGCGGCCGCAAGCCCCGCGUCCGGGGCGGGGGGCCCGACCCCAGCCCGGGGGCCACCGCGACCCCUGGCGCCCCCGCCCAGCCCAGCUCCCCCGACGCCCGGCGCAACGGCCAGGAGAAGCACUUUAAGGACGAGGACGAGGACGAGGACGUGGCCAGCCCCGACGGCUUGGGCCGGUUGAAUGUAGCGGGCGCCGGUGGAGGAGGUGACAGCGGAGGUGGCCCCGGGGCCGCCACCGACGGUAACUUCACAGCCGGACUCGCCUAAAAACCAAAAAGAGAAAACAGAAACCCGAGAGAGAGAGAGAGACAGAGAGAGAGAAAAAAAAUCACCCACCACCCCCCCAAAAACACAAAAAAAGAAAAUCUAUCUAUAUACAGAUAUCUAUAUCUAUAUAUAUAUAUACAGAUAUAUAUAUAUGACGCGUCACAGAAUCUAGGGUAGCGCUUUCUCAGAUUUCCCUCCUUUCUGACGUUUUUCUCCCUCCACAGGGGCCCCAGCCCUCCCUGGCUCCCCUUCCCCCCACCACCCCAUCGCUGGGUUUCGGGGCUUGGUUUGGGGUUUUUUGUAGGACACAAGGAAUCCGAGACCCCGCACAGCCCCCUGGGCACCCGGCAUGGGGCCUGGGGCCCGAUCCGAGGCCCUGGGCUGGGGUGAGGGUAGACGUGGGGGGGGCUGGGGGGGGUACUGGGGUGGGCUUUUAAUUUCCUCCCCUCGCUGGUUUCUAUGAGUCUUUCAGACAAGACCUUAAAUGAUUUCUGUCUGCUCUGAGCGGACGUUAAAAUGGGCCCCCGUCCCCAAUCCGCACCCUCCUUCCUCAGGGCACUUACUAAGGGAGGGGUCUCCCUCUCCAUCUCCCCAAUGGCCUCCCUGCCUCCAACCCUGCCUGCGGCCCCCUGCCCGCCCCACAUCUCCUGGCCACUGAGACACAAACCUAUUUAUUUCUAGGCCUGGAGAAAGGAGAUCGGACUGGGGUUCCUGGUGGGGCACCAGGAUGGCUCCUGGGGGGGCUCCCGCCGCCUUCCUUCACGGCACUUACAACCGGCGGGACCCUCAGGGACCACCCCUCAGGGCGCCCCCCACCCCAGCCUGGUCCACCUAGACCCCCACGUUUGGAGAUUGAAAACUUCUGUCUUCGUCCUCUCCCCCAAGCCCCCUCUCCCAAAUUUUUAAAGCACUUUUUAGAUUUUUUUUUCUCUUUCCUCCUUAAAAACAAAAUUUAUAUAUAGAGAGAUAUAUAUAUAUAUAAAUAAUAUACUUUUCCUCAGAGGAGCAGGCAACAGUGUGGGAUAAACAGAGUUAUGAUCAGAGGAACCCCAGGGUCUGGUGAUGGCAGGGACAGGGGGAGAGAGAGAAAAUCCACAAAUUCCAAUGUCACAAAAGCAAUAAAACAAACUAGAAAAAAAAAAGAUUUUACAAAACGAAAGGAAGGAAAAAAAAGGCAACCAACCACAUUAGAAGUCUUGGCACUUUGUAACGGAACGGGUACUACACUUUAUCUUAAUUCUUAAUUUAAAAACAUGUUUACAAGUUACAACCAACUUCUAUGAAAAGUUGAAAAGACAAAAAAAAAAAGAGCGAGAGAGAGCGAGAGAGAGCGAGAGCAGAAGAAAUUCCUAAAAGUCGAUUUAUUUUUGUACAAAAUAAUAAAAAAAAAAACCCACCACAAACGUAGAAUCCACUUCUGUUCCCCAAAAAGCGAGAAGGGGGGUUCAGGAGGAAGCCAUCGCAGGGGACCUGGGAGACGCCCCGAGGUGUUUGUGCUUCACCCCCGGACGUCAGCCUCGAAGGCAGGACUGUGGGGUGUCCGUGCUGUGUUUCCCCCGCCCCCCCUUUCUGUCCCCUUUUUUGGUUCUGACGUGAAGAGGUCUUAGUGCCCGCUAGACCUACAAAGGGCCGUCUCUGUCCACGGGGUCUCUCCUUCUUCCUCCCUAGCUCAGGGAUGGGCCUUCCAGCCGGAGCACCCCGAUCCCCACCCGGCAACCUCCCAAUCCUCCAACACGCCUAUCCUCCCACAUGGCCACCAAGGAGCUGGACCUUGGAUGCGCCUGCCCUGUAGAGGUGGGUGACAGGGGCCCCCCACCUCCAGGGCCUUAGAACCACCGCCCCCCCCACCCCAGGCACCCCUCUUUUUACUCAAAGGCACUGACUGUAAUCCAGGGGGGCUGGGACCUGCCUCCCCCCAACCUCUGGCUCCUACAAGGCCCGGUGUUGACCGAGCCACAGGCCACGGACAGGGGCCGGGGUUGGGGAGACUAUGUCGCCAGAUGCCAGGAUGCCCUCACCCCUUUUGCAUAUGCAAUGCCUAGCAUGGGACCCUGAAAAUAGACGCUCUGCUGCACUGAGACUUCUUGUCAAUGCCCAACCAAGGGGGGUGUCUCCCUGCCCCCACCUCCCCAUACCCCUUCUCUGUGACACACACAUCUUCUCGUCUCUUUUUCUUUCAUUUUUAAAGGGAAGCUUUUUAAGAAGGCAAUUUUCAUAUUGUUUCUACAGGAUGGUUUUGGUUCCCUUCCCACCCCCCCUUAAGCCUGUCAGCCCCCUCCAAAUGUCUCAGGAUCCCCCCUCUCCCCUGGGGCUGGGUGACAGCACCCCGGCUGCGUUCACACCCCAGUGUCACAGGGCGAGCUGUUCUGGAGAGAAAACCAUCUGUCGUGGCUGAGCAGGGAGCUUGAACACCCAGGCCAGGGACACCCCUCCCCAGCUCCCAGAGAGGCCCCCUGAGCGGGGAGCCCUCUUUCCACUUUACCCAUCCAUGCCCCCCCUCGCAAUAAAACCAACUCUAAAAUCACAGCUGUCGUCCUGGCCAGUGGGGGCGACCGGACUUGGGGGGUGGAACCCUCUGGGACUUCCGUAGGAACAAGGGCUGCGGCCCACCGCGACACUUACACAGACCUCGGGGAUUGCACUAAACCCUCGUUCCUAGCUCCGCACUCAGCUUUGCCUGUCCUGCCCGCCCACUUUGCCUUAACUGCCCGCCCGUCCUGGGGGCCACAGCCUCUGCAUGGGCCCAGAGCCGGGACCCCCCCAGCCCAGCCCCGCCCCGCCCCGCCCUCCCCAGACUCCGCGCAAUCACAUACUGUAUAUAGACGUGAAUCGAUUUUAUUUUUAUUCUUUAAAUUAAGGUCGUGAUAAAGUGUUGCCAAAGAUACCUGCUGAAUUCUCGCGUUUCAGGAAACAAACAAACAAAAAAUAAUGAUAUUUGAGGAGGGUCGUGUUGACUCCAUAAGAAAAGACACAGCUAAAAGCUUUUUGUUUGGUUGUUUGGGGUUUUUUUGUGUUUUCUUUUUUUGGGGUGUUUUUUUUUUUAACUGCCUGGUACAAAAAAAAAAAAAAAAGAAAAAAAAGAAAAACAAUGCGAAAUUGUUAUUUCCAUUCUCAUGGUGAAGUUGCGUGGACGUGUGUGUGCGUGUGUGCAAGAGAGCGGGAGUGAGGUCCAGGCUGGGGGCGGGGCUUCAGGCGGGGGCGCCUGGGGGGCCGGGGAGGGGCCGGGCUGGAGCCCCCGUCUGCAGUGGCCCCCAGCCUGCCGGGCCCAGGAGAGAGAGAGAGAAGCAUCUUUGCUACUAGCUGUUGCUGCUACCUGCCUCUGCCCCACGACGCCCCCCUGCCUUUUGAGAUUAAGGAAAAAAAAAAAAAAAAAAAAAAGGCAAAAAAAUUUUUAAAAAUGAAAAAAAAAAUGAUAAACCAGUGAAUGUAAAAUGCCAGAGCAGGCCCAGCCUGGCACGGGUGUGGGCCUGCGGCCAGCCAGACUCAAGCGGGCGAUACCAAAGUCUGCCCCCACUGGGUGGUCUGCUCAGGAGACCCCCCACCAUUGUGGCCAUGGAGGCCUGUCACUGUCUUCUCGCUUCCUUCCAAAGGGGGUCCCCCAGCCUCUUCCAGGGUCUUCCCCUGGAAGUGGACGGCUGUGGGGAAGGUGGGGCACGGGGUUCUUUGCACAAUUCAGUCCCCGGGGCCGUGGCAGGAGCGGUCAUCUCACAGGCGGUGACACUGAGGCAGGGGUCUCAGGGUGCCCCCUCCCUGGAUGGGGACAGUCCAGGCAGCCAGAAUGGUUGGAGGUGAGAUAGAAUGAAAGGAAAAACAGAAGAAAAAAAAAACAUUAAAAAUCAACAAAAAAAAGCAAAAAUCCUAUUUUUUGAGAAAGAAAGAUAUUUAUAUUUGCAGUUUUAUUUUAAAAAGUUAUUUAAGUUGAAGUAGCCUUCCCGGAGGUGGGGGGGGGGGUGGGUGGCUGGCGCAGGACAGGGUCAGGGGCCUGGAGGCUGGGGGGUGCCCCAGGAGCUACAACCUCAGAGUUAAGACUAGCUCGCAUUAAAUACAUAGAUUUACAAUGGGGGGAUGGGGGGACUGGGGCCAGGAGGUGGAGGGGGCUGGGGAGACCCCCAUUCCUCGCCGGGGCUGCCUGGAGGCUGUGGACGAGGGUCUGAUGCCCAGGUCCCGCCCCCCACCCCACCCCAGGCCCAGAAUCGAGGUGCCUUGGACUUUGGAGGGGCCAGGCCUGGUUGAAUGGGGGGCGGGGCGGCGCCCUCAGGAUACAAAGCACAGAUAGACAUUCCAGAGACUGUAUGUGAGAGUCUUUAUAAAGUGUGGGAGAUUUAAAACAAAACAAAAAAAACUGAUAAAAAUGCACUUUUUGGGAGUGGGGAGGGAGAAGCUUUAAAAGUAAUAAACACAAAAACA